AUGUCGCGCCACAUCUCUUACGAAGAGAAAGGAAAAGCUAUUGCUUCCUCGAGUAACCUCCCCAAAGUCUCAAGAGUCCAAGCCCCCGACAGUGAUAACUCGGAGCUCCUGCUCCGUCACAAGCUCACCCUUAUCGGACUUCCAGUUUCUAGGUCUCGCAUCCCACCUCCUUCUUAUCGGAGAAAGGAAGACUCUCACUUUAGAAAUUCAGAAGUUCUUCCUCGUCAUAGUAGAAGGAAUGAUUACUUCCGCAGCUCCCCCAGCCGACGAGUAAGUUCUGAUAGAGAGGGGCGCCAGUCCUCCCCUCCUGCUGAUAGACGUAGAUUGGUUCCUUCACAGUCUAGACAUCCUUAUCCAGCUUAUCAGGAGACCAGGUCCCGUUCCUAUCACCCUCCGUCACGGUCACCUGAUCGUAGGGAUCGAAGAGAACCCCGAAGCUCGAGAACUAGAUACUUCUCUAGGUCUCCUUCAAGGAAAGAGAGAGAAAAAUUAAGAAUCAGUGAUUCUCAGAGAGCCAGGAGUAUGUCUGGUCAAAGUAAAGAGGUUGGGUCUUCCCAGCGUAGAUACAGCCGUGAAGCUGAAGAGAAGUCUGGCUCUCAGGGGAGGGGUCUCACUUCUGAUCUCCCGAAAGCUGCAGUUGAGACUGCUAUGGGUGAGCUUCGUGAAGUGAUGAUUCAAUAUGCUAACUGUGCUGACCCAUUGGAGAGUGCAGCCAGGAAAGAGCGUGUAAGGCGAGCAGAGGAGGAAGGUCAAUUUGAAGAAACUGCUGAGCAAAUGGUGAGAGCCAGUUUGAAUACUUCUUCAACUGACUCCCCUAUUUUGUCCUCUUCGGUGCUAGAGCUCAGCCCAGUCAGAAUUCAUGUGGCUCUGCGUGUAGGACCUUUAAAUGCUCCUCCUAUUCCACCUAAGCCAAAGAAGCGUACUAUUGCAAAGAAGAAGGUAGGACGCCCCCCAGGAAGGCCUUUAGGACGUCCUCCAGGUCCCUCUCUUACCAAGAAAGCUUCUAUCCCGAGCCCUCGGUUAGUGGCAGCUGGAAGAACAAAGAAGAGAAAGUUAUUGAAGGUGCUCCCUUCCCCUCGCAGAAGGCUGAUUAUGGAUCCUCUUUUGGAAACUCAACCUGAAGUUCUCUCAGUCCCAACACCGUAA